CUAAGGAUGCUUAUUAGAUAGUCAUUAAAUUCUAAUUAUAAAAUGGAUGGUGAUCAUACACCUGAAAAAAAUGAGGCAAAUGGACAAUCACUACUAAGUGGACAGUUUGUUUUGCACACUUUGAUUGCUGAAUUUACAGCUCAAGUUGAUAAAAAAGUAGAUGUUCUUCUCAAUACUCAUUUGAGAGGAUCUGCAACUGGUACAACAUGGACGAAAGAUAGUUUAAUGAAAUCUCUUCAACGUGGCGAAGAUCCACAAUUUGAUCAAUUGCUAAGUUCUUUGGGUUGCGUAGCAGAAUAUUGCUUACCAUCUUUGUUGCAAACCCUUUUUGACUGGUACAAGUAUCAAUUACCUGAUAAAAAACAGACAACAGAAUCAUUGUUAGAAGAUAAGCAACCAAAAUCAGGUUCAAAGGGUAAAAGUGACAGCAAUCAACUAUCUGAAGAUACUCGAGAUAAAUGUAGAGAAACUGCAGUAGAAUUUGUUUUCUGCCUCGUCCUAAUUGAGGUUUUACGUCAAAUUCCAGUACACCCACUUCCAGAUAGUCAAAUACGUUAUAUAUUGGCUCGUGCAUUUAAAAGUUUCCAAGUUUCAGGUCAACAGAAGUUUAAUGAUACUUUAGAAAUCCGAAUUGUUGCGGAUUUGUAUGGAGAGGCAAUCGGUGUGCUUGCACAAACAAAAUUUCAAGCGGUUAGAAAUAAAUUUAUGUAUGAGCUCCUCAAAGACAAAGAUGCACCUACUGGUUCAACGAUUUCUCUUAUAAUGGGAAUGAAAUAUUUUCGAGUAAAAAUGUAUCCUAUUGAAGAUUUUGAGGCAUCAUUUCGGUUUCUUCAGGAAUUAGCCAAUUACAGUUUGGAUAUAAAGAAUCGAGAAGUAAAGCAUGCCUUAGCGGGAUUGUUUGUUGAAGUUCUUGUACCUGUGGCAGCUGCCGUUAAAACUGAAGUAAAUGUCCCGGUGCUUCGAGAUUUUGUGGAUUCAUUAUAUCCAACGAGCCUUGAAUUGUCUAAAAGGCAGAAAAAUAAACUUGCAAUGUUUCCACUAAUCACAUGUUUAUUAUGUGUUUCACAGAAGAAAUUUUUUCUUAAUAACUGGCAUAUAUUUCUUGACAGUUGCCUAUCUACAUUAAAAAGUCGUGAUCAGAAAUUGUCAAGAGUUGCUCUUGAGUCCUUAUACAGGCUACUUUGGGUUUACAUGGUUCGUAUCAAAUGCGAGAGUAAUACAAUAACACAAACUAGAUUGCAAUCAAUUGUAAAAAGCCUUUUUCCAGCUGGUUCAAGAAAUGUUGUACCAAAAGACACACCUCUCAAUAUAUUUGUUAAAAUUAUUCAAUUCAUCGCUCUUGAGAGGCUAGAUUUUGCGAUGAAAGAAAUUGUUCUAGACCUGCUUUCAGUGUCUUUAUCUGGGUCAAGAACGACAAAACCUGUGACAUUAUACCCUGAAAGGAUGAAUAUUGGACUACGUGCAUUUCUAAUCAUCACUGACAGUUUACAACAAAAGGAUGGUGCUCCCCCGAUGCCAUCAACAAUCAAUGUCAUGCCUUCUGGAAAUACAAUUCGUGUCAAAAAGACAUUUAUCAACAAAACUUUAACGGAAGAUGAGGCUCGGACAAUUGGUGUUUCUCAUUAUCAUAAGCAUGUUCAAAGAGCUUUAGAUGGUAUUUUGCUGGCACUUGAUACUCAGGUUGGUGUUCGUAUGAUGCUUACAAAUUCUCAAUUGACCAAUAAAGAUCCCCAGGAUCUUUUAGCAGGAGAACACAAACCUAAAAUUGAACUUUUUAGAACAUGUGUAGCUGCAAUACCAAGACUUAUGCCUCAUGGCAUGCCUCACAGUGAUCUACUAGAAAUGUUGUGUCGAUUGACUGUGCAUGUAGAUGAAGAAUUAAGAAGCCGGGCCAUUACAGCAUUACAGGCAUUUGCAGUUGAUUUCCCACUUCUUAGUGAAGAAGUUGUGGCUUCGUUUUUGUCAUUUGUUUUGAAGCAGGUUUCUGACAUCCAUCAAGUCUUGCUUGACGGGGCUUUGAAAAUUUUAGCUUCUCUUAUAAUUGCUUGGAAAAAUAAUGUUACAAAUGUGGAAAGUGGUAAUGGAAAGCCAGCAUCAAAACAGAAAAAUCAUAUAAUGCCAAAAAAUAAUAAUCCUUAUGCACCUAUCAUUAAUCGAAUUGAAGGGUUUGCAAUCGUGUUACUUUGUAGUUCGAGAAGUAUCACAAGAAAGUUAGCCGGCCAUAUUUUGAAAGAGGUUCGUACACUUGCACGUGCAUUGGAUUAUGGAAAACGAGAUGAUAGACUCUGUUUAGAUGUGUUAGACGAAUUUUGUACAGAGGUCACAGAAGAAGUGUUGAAACAACAAAAAUUUGUCCAAAAUUUCAAAGAGUCCGACAGAGAACUUAUUACAUCUGUUGCAUCGGAAAAAGAGUUGACUGCUUUAGUUGAAUGCUCCAGUAAUUGGCAUGAAAUAGAUGGUAUUCAUCCCUGGAUUUUAUUCAUGACUUCUUUUGUUGAACCAUCACGUUUACCUAAGUUUUGUCCUAGUGCUUUGGCCUACUCCUGGCCAGAUGUUUAUAUUCGUCUGUCACAAAUGCAACGCCAUCUUGAACCUAUCAUGACUACUGGGAGCAAAAAAGUUGCCUCUGUGUCUGUGAGUGGAGACCAGAAUCUCACACUUUGGACAAACUAUUUGAUAUUCGCUUGUAAGUCAUCACCGUCAAGUCUAUUUAUUAAACAAAAGCAGAGCAUCGAGUCUGCGAUUCCAGCUGGUACACCUGACUGGAAGGUAGCUUUAAUUCGGGAUGUUGAGAGAAUGGACGCAGUACCAUCCACCCUUUUUCAUCGUUUAGUCGCAAUACUCAGAGCUGAAAACAACAACCCUUUGUAUAGAGAGGGGGCUGUUAUAGGUCUUGGACACACAAGCGUGUUUGCAUUUCAUGAUUUGGUAAUUGAAAUUUUACAUCUUGUUCAUGAGGCUAGUGAAACAAAAAAGCAAGAAAAUGUACGGAGAAGAAAAAAGAGAGACAAUAUACGGAUUGUACUUGUGAAAUUAUUUGCAAACCUCGCUUCCCAUAAAGUUCUGAGCGAGGGCUUGUUGUUAGAAGGUGAUAAACUAAUUAAUCAAAAGAAACCGAAAGAAAUUUUACAAGAUUAUAUUGAAGAAACCAGUACAAUUUUAGAAACAAUGGACAAAACUGAGAAUGCGGCAUUAGGAACCAGUUUUUCUUCUCAGCAGCAGAAUUUAUCAACAACUUCAUUUGGUAAUAUGUUGAUUACGGGUCAAAGUACAGAUGAAAUGAGAUUUAAUUUUGCAGAAAUGGUUGUUCAACUUAUUCGCCAUCUUCCUAUCUCUUCACGCCCCCAAAUGUUAUCCAAUGAAACAAGGAAAAAACUUUUCUUUUUAUUCAGUUCUUGGUGCGACAAAUGCGCUAGUGCUCAGCAGGAAAGUGAUACAGACAAGCUCGGGCAAACUAGUUCACAACUUCUGUCAAUGCUGUGUGCAGAGUGCUCUGUAUUAUGUUGUGGUCCUGUCUUUGAUGAAAAAGCAUUUGGCAUGGAAGGAUACCUUUUUCAAUGGUUGGAAUCUUUACUUAACUGCUCUGAUCCGUUUGCUCAUCAGUUAGGACAAGAGACAAUCAUCCUAUUGCUUCAUUUCAACCCCGGUAUGCAAAACCUAUUGACUUGGCUUGUGGGUAAGUGUUACACGGGAUCAUCUUUGAUCGCUGCUAGUUGUUUCCUGGGAAUAUCCACCAUUUUUUCAAGUUCAGAAUAUGCAAGUGAUCCAAUCUCCAUUCUCAAUCUUGCUAUGUUUAAAGCAAUGGAUUCUGAUGCACAAGUUGCUCAGGCAGCGGAACAUUUGCUAUCAACACUACUAUCAAGAUAUUUUCCUGGUUGCGAAGAAAAUAAGAAAAAACUUGAAUCACAGAAUCGGAUGAAUUCUUUGCAAAGAAAGGGCAGAAGUGCUUCUGUUCACUCUCUAGGAUCACAUAUUGUUCAUCCGUUAAGAAUGUCUGAAGAAUUAGCUCGGUCUCACCCAGAAUUGAGUCAUGCUAUAUUAUCAGAAUUAUUUGUUCGUUUUCCGUCUGCAAAUUUAGUUGGUCAAAGACAUUUGCUUGAAGUAAUGCAACCUUGGUUACAAAAUAUUGAGCUUGUUUUGAUUGAUGACGACUCCACAAAGGUAGAUGAUCCUCACAAAUCUAUUUCUACACAAAAUCACCCCUGGCUGCCCCACGACGGGUGGGGCUCUAAAAACGCAACUCUUCACGUUUUGAACAACCUUACGUAUCUUACAUCAUAUUAUCAUCAAAACUUGGCGCCUGAACUAGAAAGCUGUUGGUCUGUGUUAUGUAGUACUUGGCAUGGAAAUUUGCUUGCUUGUUUACAAUAUUUGAUGGCGCUUUAUUCUGUUCACACAACAGAAAAUCUGAGAAAAGCUGCGAGGUUGGCUGUUACCUAUAUCGGUAGGUCAAAGGGUUCAAGGGUCACAUCGAUUCUUAUAGAAGAAUGUCAAAUGGCUGAUCCUAUAUCAUUGGUUCUGGAUUCUAUUGAAACAGCACCUUAUUACAAAAUUGUUAGUUUAUUACCAAGAUUGGAUGCCAGCAAAGAUUCUUCAUUGAAAAAGGGUAGUUCUCCCGAAGGAAGAAAACCAUCUUUGUCUGAAGGUGACUUUCAAACUAAUGAAAAAAAUACUACCAUGCCAUUAUCAGUAUCACCUGACGUUUCAUCAAUUGCAACUUCCACUCCUGCUAGACCUUCCUCCCCUAUUGUCAUUGAAAGAAAACCCAGAAGUUCAACUACGCCGAGCCACCAUCGCUUAUCUUUACAAGUCCCUAUUAGUUUGGAUAGAAAAGGAAAUGACAGCAUGUCAUCAUCUCAAUUGAGUUUUGUCGAAAAAUCAAAAUUCAGAGUUGGAUCUGGUUUGUCUAAAAGAACGCCAGUAUUAUCGUCUUCACUUUGUUCUCUUAAUACGGUCACCGAUUCAUCGACACCCCCAAGUGCGAUUUCAAGUCCCAAGUUUAGCACUGUGUCACCUGGGAGAUCAAGUGAUCUUUUUACGAAACAAUCACUCACCGAAACAUUGAGUGCAAAAUUGCCACAAAAAUUUACUUCAGCAAAGGAAUUGAGGUCUAAAUCACCUUUUGAGAAGACAGAUACUCCCCUGAGAAAUUCUAUUGCUAUUGGUAACACAACUAAAUUUCAUGAUUCAAAACCGAACUCUGAGAACUUCCAAAAUCAAUUGAAGGAAUAUUAUGAUUGGUCUGUAGCAAUCCAAGAUGAUUUAUCACCAAGGCCUCUACCACUUCCAUCAAAUGUGGUUCUAUUACCUCUACAUACAUUUAUUAAUUGUGAAAAAAUUGAAGGAUUGUUACGGUCAAACGUAGCUUGUAUAUUCCUUUCAGAGCUUGUUUUUUAUCGAAGCAUUGACAUUAACUGGCAAAUACAUUUACCGUCUGUUUUACUGUCUCUGAUUCUAAAUGUCGACCAGUGCCAACUACCAGAAGUCCCGUACUACUGCCGUAGAUUAUUCGCCAAUCUUUUUAUUAUUUUACUACCUAAUUUGAUCCCCAAAGAAAUGAUAGGAACUGUGCUUUCCUAUUCUCAGGAUUCUGCAAUCCAUACUCUAUCACAGCAAUCCAUUACUACCUAUUUACAACCAAAAUCUAAUGAGUUGAUUUAUGCCAAAGCAGGUGAUGAUAACAGGUACUCGUAUACGGAAAUAACAUCAAUUUCUGAAAAUGGAGAAACAGAGCCUUCUGAACAUGUAAAAACCGAAAAUCAAUUGAAGAAUUUGUGUGCAUCACAUUUGAAAAAUUUGAUCAGUGCCACGACCCAAUUAUGGACUUAUGAAGUUGUUAAUCCAAAAAAUUUAUUUUUAAACAGUACAGAACAACUGUCUGCAUUUGUGCAGAAAACAAUUGAGCUAUUUGAGCAACAAAUACCCAGAUUAAAGGUUAGGGAGAGACUUGGAAGUGAAGCGUCAAAGUUUGCAAUUGCAACUUAUAACAAGCACCAUGCCAAUCGAUCUUUGCAGGUAUUUCGUGCUUUGAAACUACCAUUAUCGCCAGUUUUCUUCAAUAAAUUAGUCCGUUGUCUUUUGAAUCGAAUUGUUUAUGGUAAUGAUCAAGAAACACAAUCACAAGUAAUAGAAAUUCUUGUAACUUUACUACAUGAUUGUGAUAUUUCAUUGAUUAGAAAAGAAUCGUCUUCUGGUGAAGCCUCUUUUAGUAACACAACAGCAGCAGACUCAAGUUUAAAUUCACAGCAGUCCCACACUUUGCAUGUUCAUUCUGAGCAAAUCAAAAAACCUAGGUCUCCAACACCAGGUCGUUUGCCGAAUUACUCUGCUAGUCCAAAUAGAUCUGGUGCUGCUCCAUUAUCUUUGCCAUCACAGAAUGCAACAGCUCAACCAGAAUCAACUAUAAGAGGACGUAAACAUGCACAUCGCAGAUCUGGUUCUGUAACUUUGUCGAAGAAAAUGGUUGUUGAUAUCAUGCAUUCAUCUAGUGUACCAACAGCAGGUUUAUGUCACAAUCCUACUGAGUCCGAUGUGUCAUCUGCAAACUCCGUCUCAUCUCCACCUAAGGAGGCAGAAUCAUUUCAAGGAACAAAGUCAGGAAAUUUGGAAAGAAAAGUUUCAGCUCAACAUAGUUUUCGUCGACCUGCGAGCACUGGUCAUAGUAUGUCAAUGAAUUCAGAAACUGGUGUAGGAUUGUCAUGCUAUGUCAGACCCCACAGUUCGUCCAAGGAAAGGAAAAUGACAUUUGCUCAAAUAUUUUGGAUUGGUGUUGCCUUGUUGGAAUCGGAUUAUGAACACGAAUUUCUCAUUGCUGUUCAACUUAUUGAGAAAGUACUUUCCCAUUUGCCUUUGCAAGAGGCGGAAAGUCGCUCACUAAUAGAAAGAUAUGUUACUCAAAUAAAGUGGACUUCUUUUCAUGGAAUUCAAAAUAUGCUUCUGAAAGGUCUUACGUCAUCUGUCACCUACAAUGCCACAUUCAACAUAUUAUCCUCGUUUACUACUUUAUCAAAUUUUUCACUCAUAUCUGGCAAGGCAGAUCAAGGUUGUGGCUUUUCAAUGAAUGUAAUUUCGCUUCUGCCCCAUUUAUUGGACUGUUUUAAUGACCCAGAUCAAAUGUGUUUAGAUGCUGCACAUAAUGUAGCUCAAGUUUGUUUGGACAGUUUUCCACAAAAGAAAAAACUACAAUCUCUUGCUCACGUAAUGAGUCUUUACUGCAAUCGCUCAUAUGGCAAACCCUGCUUGACUUGGAUCAGCGUUGUAUGCAAAUAUAUUCAUGAAACAUUUCCUAAUUCGAUACGAGAACAAUUGACAUUUUUGAUUGAAUUGUUGGAUAAAGGGCCAGUUUCUACUCAUCUGUCAUGUUUGAGGCUUAUUUGUAGCAUGUUAUCCUUGUCGGAAAUAUUACUUUCAAACUCCCCUGAGGAAAUUGACUUUACGCAGAGCAUUUUACGUACUGUAUCAAAGUUUGUUAACAGCACAAAACUAUGGAAAGAGGCUUUAAAUAUUUUAAAACUGGCCGUAUCUCGAUCAUCUGCAAUCACCACGCCAACUGCUUCUGGGAUGCUCCCAACAAGCUCUAGUUUGAGUGGUGAUAUGGAUCGUCUUGAACUCCCGGGACGCACCUUAACUUUCCAAUAUAACCUUUCAAAUACCCCAAUUGUUGGACGACGACGUACAGAUGAAUCAAUGGGUAAACGUCACCCACAUUCGAGUUCUCCUUCUUACCACCCAAGCACUGCUUCAUCAAUUGUAACGAGUUGGAAAAGGCCUCACUUAUCUCAAAAACGUACUUACGAUAGUAUUGUAUGUGUUCUCCCUAUAUGUGGAAAACAUCUACAAAUGUCUCAUGACCCGACACAAGAAGAAAUGAACCAAUAUCACCAGUCACCUGAUAGGCUGAUGUCACCCACUCAAGAUGAGGAUGUCGAUGGAAAAUCUUACGACUCUAAUGAGGAUGAGAGUGAAAGUGAUACGGAGAGUGAUAAGAGUGGAAGUGGUAUUGAUGAUAUAAGAGUUUUACGGAAUUUUGAUUUUCUAGACGAGGAACUGGAGGACAAUGAAGAAGGAUUUGCACUACUUCAAAAUCAAUCUUCAACUCCCAGCGGUCAAGAUAAUGAAGCUGGUGUAACAGAAGAAGACCCCGACACUUAUAAUCUUACACCAAUCGCCAAUCAUGACAUGAGUCAAGAUCUGGAUCAAACUCCGACAGAAGAGGAUGAGCUUACAUCUCUACACAGUCAGGAUGACGAUGAUUAUAACCAAACACUUUCACUCACUUCUGGUGUUUUGUCGCAAUCAUGGAGUGGGACAAGAAGUAUAUUUACUGAUGUUGAGACCACCGAUACUCACUCCUCUAUGAUAAUGAUUUCUUCAAUUGCGGAAAGCGAGAAACAAAGAAAAAAGAACACGCCGCAAUCGUCCGUAGAAAGCAUUAACAUCGCUGAUUCUCCACAAUUGUCACAAAAAACUCACUCCAGAUCACUCACUCAAAGUGAGAGUGCUAUACAUCCAAAGUCAAAUCUAUCUUCUUCAGAAUCGAUGAAAACAUCAGAAUUUGAGAAAUCGACCAACGAUCAAGAAAAUACUUCAGAGUCUUUGAGCAAUUUAGAUGAACUGGAAAACGAUCUCACAAAUAACAGCCCAAUUUCAUCAUCUGAAGAACUUCAAUUAGAAAUGGAUAAAACUGAUACUUUAAUUUCAAGUUUGACUAAUUUAGGCACACCACCACCUCCAACCAUUUCAUCCUUGUCUCUACAAUCCUUGCCUCAUUCUGAUGACACUCUUGUUCAGAUAGAUAUUCCAAUUGUGGAACCACCACCUACUAGCGACAUCACUUCAAACUUGACUGCAAUUCGUUUUGAUUCACCUUCUCAUUUCUUAUCGCAGCUAACAGAUUCUCCCGUCAAAACUUUACAACUUCCGAAUGAGGUUUCUACUAGUUUUAAAGUAAAGGAUGGAACCGCUUACCAUGACACGACAUAUACAACAUGGAAACUUCACAUCGCUUCUAUGGCAACAUAUAACGACUCUGCAUUUAUUUCAAAAACUUUUGAUCUCUUUCCUAUGCUUUUUAAAGUAUUAUGUAUUGAUUUCAGUAAUUUAAGUAAAGAUGGUUGUAAACAUCUAGGUGGGCAAUUAUCCAGAAUUGCAGAGCAUUUUAGUUCCAUGGUCGAGCAACUGCCCUCACAAAUAAAAUGCCCAAUUUGUCUCGCUACAAAAAGCGCUAUUGAACCAGUCGUCGAACAAAUGAAAUUUGGUGUUUCAGAAUUACAGGAUCAUUUAGAUUCCUACAACGCAAAACAAAAAGCUGCAUCAGAGUGUAUGGACUUGAUAAAAAGUCUUGAAAAUGGUAACACAAAACAGAUAAAUACAAAAUCUCAGGGGAUUGAAUACAAACAAUUGGAACUCUGUAGAAUGUUAUACAAACUUCACUUUCAGCUUUUGCUACUUUUGAAAAGCUUCAACAAGCUGAUAAACUUGGUAUCACUGAGUACCGUCGAAACGAAAAAUAUUACUGAACAACUCGGAAUGCUAAAAAAGAAAAUCCUAGUUGUGGAGAAAACUUUUCAAGCACAUAGAGAUAAAACAGACAUAGAGAUGUUGCAUGAUUUAAAAUCUAUGACAGUGGAAGAAGCAGAACAAGUACUUCAAUCUAGUAUUUCUAGCGAACAAGUACAUCUGGCAAUACGUCAGUUAUUUCUACUUCGGACACUUUGGAAGCCUGAGGCGUUCGGAGUUAUUGAUGAACCCGCAGCUGAUAUUCUUAUCAAAAUUUAUUUCAAACAUCUAGAAGAUAAAAGCUCGGAAAAGUUUUUUGCUAUAAUCGGACCUGAGAAUAGUUCGCAUAAUAUGUGUGAAAAAUUAAUGAUGGUGAACAGCGAGAUUCAACAAUCAUUGGACUCACUCGCAGUUAAUGCAGGAGAUAUUGAUAAGUCUUCAACUACUAAGAAAACACAUUUGUGAAUUCCCAAUAUAUAUUGAAUAAACAGGCCAAGAAAUAUAAUGAAAAAAUACGCUAUUGAAAUAGUAAAUUUCUGUGACUUUAAAACUGUAGUCUCGACUCAUAUGUGCCUCAAUUGAGUAUGAUUGCAUGUUGUCUAUCAGCCUUGAAACAUUAUUCCACACUAGAUAUUUACAGUUUAAUAGAUUAUAUCGUUUUUGAUGCUCUCGCCUUAUUAACGAUUCUGAUUUACUGGAUUUUCAUGUGCUUUAACCCAUAUACAGGGAUACAUUUCAUUUAUGUAUUGUGAAAUUUUUCAACAACUUUUAGAUUAAAAUAUUUGCAAAUUUAUUUUUUAUUUAAUUUAGUGUGUCACCUAACCAAACAGUUUGCAAAACACUGGUUUAUUCAAUUAGACCUCUGGACGGUGAUUCUUUAAUAGCAUUUUUUAUAAUUUUCUGGUUAUUUGAUAUUUGGAUUAAUUGACAUUGGAAUCAUUUGUAACUUUUUGUGCUUUUUUGGUAGCAUUGUUUAGUGGGAUUGAGAAUUCUAUAUCUGGUGUAUUUUUAACUUAUAGUUGUAUGUUUAUUCUUUGGAAUUAGUAUUGCAUGUGCAGUUAAGUAAGGUUGUUUAAUUCACUACUUUAUUACUUUGGUCAACUUUUAAUAUUCAUGACGGGAUGACGUAAAUGAAUAGCUCUAAUUUUUGCCAGAACAAAUUGUUCAUAUUUAUAACUUUAGUAUGAGAAUUUGCUGCUAGGACAUUUAUUAUUUUUUAAGUAAAUUUUAUGUAGGCUACUAUUUCAGAUUACAAGAAAUUUUUGUCUAUGAAUUUUGGGGUAGUAGCUAUAGUCAUUUUAAAUAUUGAAUAUAAUUAGACUAACAAAAAAAGCACUCAUCUUUAGCAAACUAAUUAAAAAUUUUAUUUGAAUACCUUGUUAAUUUAUGAGGUUUUCUUUAUUGUAUAUGUUCCACUUCUCUGUUAAAAAUUUACUUUCAAUGUCCUGUUAUGAGUGUUAUUACCUAUCUUUGUCAUGUCUAUUUCCUUACUUUCAUCCAUUUUCAUUCUAUUUUCUUUUAUUAUAUUCAUGAACAUUUUGUAAAGUGAGGAACAGUUUUGAAUUUUUUUUUUGGUCUAAGACUUUUUUUUCAUCUCGCUACCAGGGCCGCGGAGUUGGUUCGAAAAUUAAAAGUUCAAAAACAUUAUUAAUUGGUUAGGAGCUGUAGCUAAUAAAAUUUCCGGUAGUUCCAGAUUUAACGAAACUCAUGGCUCCAUGCUCAAGUUUCCCAGCCUUUCUCGCUACUACCCAGAAUUCCCCUCAAUUCCAUUUUUCAUGGGAAGGCUCUUGAAAGCUUUCUACUAGAUUAAAACUUUGUACAUUAUCACCAUCAAUGUUGACAUUAUGUUCUAAAACAUAGUCUCUAUUCUCUGCAUUAGUUUCCUGCUAUUCUGAAUAUUCUUUCAAUCAACUUUCGAAUACUAUUCUGCGUUUGCAUUCACAUAAAAUUAAUGUUACAAACAGUGCCUGCUUUCAGUGUUAACUUAUACUCAUAGAGGCAUUAUAUUGUAAUAAUCAUUUAACGACAAAAUGUAAUGAAUUACUAUUAUUGUCAAUUUGCAAAUAUUAAUUCACAAAUUUUCAUAUGUACCUUUUAGUAUUACAUAUAGCCCCAGUAGAGGAAAGCACAAAAUAGACUUGUAAAGCACAAAUAGGCGUGUUGUCAACCACACCCUUCAAUUCUAGUCCAUUUGCAAAUGAUAACAUUUACCAAGGUAAAUAGUUAUUGCUGGUAGGAGACUGUAAUUUACCAGCAGUUACUGAAACCACUCUAUUAAUCUUCUUGUACACACUUAUACCAGAGUUUGAAUCAUCAUAUUAGCCAUUUGAAUACUACUGUAUAUUUUGUGUGUGUCAAAAUUGCAAACUUUGCAUUUUCAUUUUUCAAAUUGUUCCCUUUCCGUUCAGUUCGCAUCGCACAGCCUUUCAUUUUAUACUGCUUGUCAGCUCAUUUAUCUCACAAUAUAUCUUGGCAGUAUAUUUGUUAACUUUAUUUUGUUCUAUAUUCACAUGUUUAAAAUAAUCAAAAAUGAAUUUACGAUUGGAAUAUGAUUGGAUAACAUAUAUAUGUAUAUUCUUCACUGUGAAUUUUAUAAAGAA